UGCUGGUGCCGAAACGUCUUGGUGCUGAAAGGUCUUCGUCCACCCGUGGAAAAACCCGAAUACGUCACAACGAUGGGCAUGGUUCAACCUGAAAUAUCUUAAGUUUCUUGACGAUCAGAAGUUUGAGAAGAACACAGGCAACUGACUGUUUAUGACAAAACGAUAUGCAGUUUUCAAAAACGACAAAAUCAGAUUAGUGCCCUGACGUGAUAGAAGGGCAUGGCGAGUUCAUUAUAUUCAUCGACACCAGAGACAACGAACGCAAACAGAGCGUGUCGAGUCGUACUCGGUCCCUGUACAGAUGGUCUCCGUGACGUACUACGUCAAGAAGUUCCACCACACACAUUCCCUAAUGUCAUCAAACAAAACAAACUCAAUCUACCACGUCUGACGGCUGUUCAGCGUGACCUAAUUUUACCUAAUCAUGGAGGUUAUAAGGGAAUUUACAAUGAUAUGGACAUCUCAUUAUUGUAUAUUCUAUUGAGAAACAUAACCAACAUAUCUCCUCACUCCAAGGGCUGGGGCAACGAUCCCGACCCCCAUGACACGAGUCUCUCAGCCAACAUCGAGAGGAUUCGAUUGGUCCGGAAUCGUUGUGUUCACUCAUGUGAUCCAUUCAUGUCGAACACAGACUUUAACUCCAUCUGGUCCACCAUUAGAUCAACAAUGGUGGAUCUGGAUGUCUUCCUCGUGAAUGGAAACAAAUAUGAAAAGGCGGUGGAUUUCCUACGUCACGAAUCGAUGGACCCGGAAAAUGACCUACAUUACGAAGAAGAACUGAGGAAGCAAGUGGAGGAAGAUAAGACAACCAGGGAAAUGGUGGACAACCUUGAGAGUAAAGAAACUAACAAAGUCACCCAUUCCCCAAAAUGUGAGAGGUAUGUCACUACAGAAUAACCAAUCAUUACUGAAUGCAUUUAUUUCUUUGAUUAAGUUUGGAAUAUAAUUGUAUGGUAAUGAGUUACAGAUUAAGGUAAUGACGCUUUCUUUCCAUUUAUUUACAUGUCUUGAAUUUUUGGUCCUUCAAAAGAAAAUUCAAAAAAUUGAUUUGAUGGUGAUUUAAUCAUUAUGAUCAAAGACAAAUAUUACAUUUCUCUUUUAGAAACCAUGACAUUAGAUUGUUGUAGAAUUAAUAUAAAUUCCAUUGUGGUGUUUUAGCACACCUGAGCCGAAGGCUUAAGAGAGGUUUUCUGAUCAAAUUUUGUCCAUUGUUUGUCGGUGGUGUAAACUUUGCACAUGAUCGUCUUCUUCUCCAGAACCACUGAAUCAAAAAAGAAA